AUGGAUGAUACAACACGUCUAACAAGCGAACAAUCGAUUAAAUUAUUUAUUCAACGUGACUAUUCCGAGGGUACAGCUGUUAAAUUUCAAGAACGUUUUCCCUCUGAGCUCGAAGGAAAAAUUGAUCGUGGAAAAUUCAUCGAUAUCAUUCGUCACAUCAAUUCAAUUUUUGAAGAAGCAGAAGCACUCUCAUGUAAAACAUUUACGGAAAACUGUUGUGCGUGUUUAACAGGUUAUUUAUUAUUACUUUGUAUGCCAACACAUUACGAAAAAUGUGUGAAACGCGCGGCACGAUACAUCUCAGAAGAGAAUGAACGCACAUUGAAUCCGAAAGGGAUAUUCAUGUUAGAUCCCAUGGAAAAAGGACUUCGUUGUAUUGAAGGAAACAUAUCUCCUCAGAUUCGGCUACAACAGACGUGA